AUGGCCGACCAAAACUCUUCACAACCACAGACCAUGGACCCUCCUCAGCAGGCUCCAAUCCCUUCUCCCCUCUCUACGCCCGGAUCCGUCCCAAUGAUGAACUCUCCCGUUCCUCUUCUUCGUCCUGCCAUCCCCGGAUCGAGGCCCGGCGGCGGCGCCCGCACACCGAGACUCGGUCUUGCGAUCCCACCUUCGCCAAAUGCAAAGCCCGUCGGCGGCACUGCGCCCCAACCCGUAAACUCUCGACCUCCUCUACCGACCCUUCACCUUGCAACCCCCAUGGGCAGCCAGACAACCCCCUAUGAGCAGCCCCAAAGGCCAGUCGGGGUGGGCCAGUCAGCCAGCGGUGGCAGCGAGAGCAGCGCGGCCCACUCUAGGUCAGGAAGCUUCGGCCCUCUGGAUGGCAGGGCCAGCAACCCCACCUCGGCCGGAUCUCAGUACUCGGCAUUGUCGUUUGCCUCACAGUAUGGUUUCGGUGCGCCACCGAGGGGAACGCCCGACCCGUCGUCUGCUGUUGGCUCCAUAUACUCGGAAAGAAGCGACGGCGGCGUGGGCAUGGAAAGAGAUGGUAGCUUACAAGGUCUGGAGGGCUUUGACAAGCUCUCUCUGGAGCGCGGCAGGACGUUGGAUGUUGAGGAACUCGACGCAGAUGGGUGGAGGGUCGCAAGCUUGGAGAAGAGAAUCGAAGAACUCGACUCUCUCGGCGAGGGUGCCGGUGGUGCCGUCACAAAAGCCAAGCUGAAAGGCGGCAAGACCAUCUUCGCCCUGAAGAUCAUCACCACGAAUCCCGAUCCCGACGUUAAGAAGCAGAUCGUGAGAGAGCUCGGUUUCAACAAGGAGUGCGCGUCGGAGCACAUUUGCAGGUACUACGGCGCUUUCGAAGACAACACUACUGGCACCAUCUCGAUUGCCAUGGAGUUCUGCGAGGGUGGCUCUCUCGACAGCAUCUACAAGGAGGUCAAGAAGCUUGGAGGUCGCACAGGCGAGAAGGUGCUCGGCAAGAUCUCCGAGGGUGUCCUGCGCGGUCUGACGUACCUGCACGGCAUGCGCAUCAUUCACCGAGAUAUCAAGCCUUCCAACAUCUUGCUAUGCAGGAACGGAGACGUCAAGCUGUGCGAUUUCGGUGUUUCAGGAGACUUUGGAACAAAGGGCGAGGCAAACACCUUCAUCGGUACAAGUUACUACAUGGCCCCGGAGCGAAUCACUGGCCAAUCAUACACCAUCACAUCCGACGUCUGGUCGACCGGCGUCACCCUCUUGGAGGUGGCACAACAUCGCUUCCCCUUCCCCGCCGACGGCACCGAGAUGCAGCCUCGCGCCGGCCUUAUCGAUCUUCUUACGUACAUUGUGCGGCAGCCCAUCCCCAAGCUCAAGGACGAGCCGGAUGCCAACAUCUUUUGGAGUGACAACUUCAAGUACUUCAUCGAGUGCUGCCUAGAGAAGGAGUCUACCCGGAGAGCAAGCCCUUGGAGAAUGCUUGAGCAUCCCUGGAUGGUCGAAAUGCGGUCGAAGCGUGUCAACAUGGCCAAAUACCUCGCGCAGGUAUGGGGCUGGGAGACCAAGUAG